AUGAAGUCCUUUCAUCUCCCAAAACUUUCGACUUUCAUCAUCCGCGCCGAACGCCUCGAAUCAUCGCAUACCAACGAGUUCGUCUUGCAGCAUCCGCACCUAACCACCAUCGACAUCUGGAUGGAAGAAGAGGAGAUUGAAACGUUUUCCUGGGAUCAUGAUGUACCACGAGUUAGCCCAGCGGAAGACGAUGAUUAUCCCCUGGCUAACAACACUCCACCGCCCAUUACCCCACUGCCACUCACCACUCUCAAACUCAAAAAAGUCGCUGCUCAUGCGCAGUUCUUUGAACGACUCCCUGCCACCUGUGUCAUCGAGAAGGCCUCUGUCGUGCUCCAUGAUACGGCGUAUCACUUCCUGAGCAUGUCGGACGACUUUCCCGCAAUCUCCGCGAUCGACAGAGCACCUCAGACCGUCCGUUCGGCUAUCGAUGAAGUACACACACACUUCGAACCCGCUUGGAUGAGGUGUAUCGCACGAACACUACCCACUAUAUCCGUCCUUGAUUUAUGGAGCCCUAAAUACUUCAAGGACAAUACACCGGCAUCCGAAGCAGGAAACGUUUAUAUCAAAGAAAUCAUUCCCUUGCUUUCCUUGUUCUCCAGCAUCUCACACUUUGCUUGGAAUUCCUGUGGCCGGGUUCCAGAAGAGACUAAACCCGAAAAUGUCCUCGCUGUAAGGGCUUUUGGAGAGGCAGCACCGACACUUCGAUACGUCACACUAUAUGAGAGAACCUGGACUCGAACGAGCCCUUCCGCGAUGUGGCAAAUGUUAGACCAUUCAAAUCGUUGGUUGCCGCUGCCGGACGUCUUCCACCCACCGAUAAGAGACACUUAUGCAGACGAUUACGAUGAGUAUCGGGAGACGGGCGCAGAUUUCGACAGUAUUGGUUCUGAAUAA